AUGGCGUCCCGCCACCGCCGUCGCCGCCGGCCUGGCCUGGCCCACCGCCCCUCCGCGGAGCGCUUCCGCUUCCGGCUUCCGGCGCGGGGGGGGGGGGCUCUUUCCGGCGGGCCGGGCCGCGGCGGGAUGGCGGCGGCGGGGAAGCCCGUGCCCACGUGCCUGCUGCUGGGGGCGGCGGGUGGCGGCAAGAGCCUCCUGGCCAGGCGGCUCCGCCAGCUGAGCGUCGAGGAGGCGGCCGCGGAGCUGGGCGAGCCCCCGGCCACACAGCCCACGGUGGGCACCAACCUGACCGACCUGCGGCUGCCGCGGAGGGUGACGGUGCGGGAGCUGGGCGGCUGCAUGGGCCCCAUCUGGCCCAGCUACUACGGCGAGUGCAGCGCUCUCCUGUUCGUGGUUGAUGCCGCUAACCCCACCCAGGUGUCAUCGUCCUGCAUCCAGCUGCUGUCCGUCCUCUCUGCAGCGCAGCUCGCCUCUGUGCCGGUGCUGGUCCUCUUCAAUAAGAUUGACCUGCCCUGCUACAUGUCACGGGUGGAGAUGAAGUCGCUGUUCCGCAUGCAGGACAUCAUCUCCUGGGCCACACAGCCCAUCACGAUAUUGGAGACCAGCGCCCGUGAUGGCACUGGUUUGGCUGACGUCCUGCAGUGGCUUCGGGCCACGCUCGGAGAUCCCCGCUGACCCAACCCUGCCUGGUUGUCUGUGGCAGCCCAGGCAAGUCUUGUCACCAAAGGAGGUGGCCAGUGAACAGCUGCCCAAUGUGGGGCUGGGCACGGGGCCCACAUGGUGUCACAGGCCGGUGGCAGACAGAAGCCCUGUGGGACUUCACAGUAAAACUUCCACAGUACUGUCCAGA